ACUGAACACCUGCGGUCUUCCACAGACACACAAACCACUGCAAGCUUGAAAAUCCUGAAACAUAAAACGAAACCCUGCAGUCACACUUCUCAUUUUUCCCACCAACAUGACUGGUAAAGCAGUUUUUCUUGGGCUCUUGCUCAUCUUGGUGACAGCGGAUGCUGAGGAGACUUCUGGACUACUGAGAAAGCCAUCUUGUCCUGACAUGGAGCAGAUAAUGGCGUGCCCUUUGAACCUGGCUCCGGUGUGCGGCAGCGAUGGCCACACCUACGCCAACGAGUGUGUCCUGUGUGUCCAAAGACAAGAAACCAAAAUGGACAUUUUGAUUGCCAAGGAGGAGAACUGUUGAGUUUUCCAUUGAUUUCAGUGGCACCGCCAUUGGGAAGGAUUCUUCCAAUCACAAUGAGAAAUAAAACAUUCAUCUGGAGAAA